CGUCCUCGGUAAUUUCAUCAUGUUAAACAUUGUAGGUAAUUUCACGUACACGGUGCUGUGCGACACCAGUAUCAAGAGGUGCAUAGUGCCUGUAAGCACGGCGGCAGCCGUGGAUGGGUGGAGGCUGUGUGUUAUCUGUGAGUGCCUAUCGCCGCCGCGAUCCUGGCACUGCAAUACCUGCAACACCUGCAUCCUGAAGCGGGAUCAUCACUGCGUGUUCACCGGAUGCUGCGUGGGCUACCACAAUCACAGAUACUUUAUCAUGUUUCUGUGGUAUUUGUUCUUCGGCGCGGUGUAUGCCUUCUCCUAUGGCAGUUUUUUCAUCUGGACCAGAAUGUCCUUUGAAUUCCCGAUGUCUAUCGUUAAGAUGAUCUUUCCCGUGGCGAUCUUCUUCUUCGGUUUUGACAGUUCCAUCGAUCAGUUCUACCUGUUGCUGUACAUCGUGUCAACAGUGGGUACUCUGUACACCGGAGUAUUGUGCUUUUAUCACUUUAAUUUGAUUCUCAGAGGCGUUGUGGGUAAUGAGAGCAAUAAGAAAGAUUUUACAUAUGAUAUGGGUUGGAAGGACAAUGUUAGAGAGGUAUUUGGAGUACGAUGGUAUCUGGCAUGGUUGCUUCCUUAUGUUAAAUCACAGUUACCUCACGAUGGAGUCUCGUGGCAUUAUUUAUGUUCAAAGAAAGAUUGAGAAUCGUUUUGAUUGAGUACAAUUCUUUACAAAAAAUUUUACAAAAAUGUCAAUGAUACUUUAAUUACUAAGAUGGAAAAAAUUAAUUCAACAAUCGAAUACAUCACAUUUUUAAAUUAAGAUAACCAGUUAUCUUGCUAUACUGUUAACUAUAUAUCAUACACAAAAUAUUGAACUAUUCUUCAUAACUGUUGUAAAAAAGAAAUUUAUAUCUGUGAUUAAUGGAUAGUA